AUGGAGUCAUUCAUUCCGCAGGGCGGCUUCCAGCUGCCCUUUCAGCGUCGGCUAAGUCGGCUGUACAAUGACACCAAGAAGUCUUCAGACUUCGUCCAGGAGCCGCUCCAGGCUGCCGAUGAUCCUGAGAUCAAGACCAUGCACCGCAAACUGAAAAUACAGAAGGACCGCCUCGUCAGCUGGGGCUUGGAAUGGUCUGACCCCAACCAAGCCGCCGAGAUAGACGAGUCUCUGUCCAAGGCCGGUCUGAGUGACCUCGUCGGUAGUAUUAUGGCUACUAUAAAGGACAUUCUUGCCGAAGCUGAGCCCCUAUGGCUUGCUACCAAACGGCCCCUUGCGAGCGAGAAGGCGCCCGAGAAGGUCACUGGUGAUCGAAAGACGGCCCUGGUCGUCUGGGACAAGGCCAGGUUUGAGGAUUUGGUCAAAGACUUGACCGCUAGCAUUGAUACUCUCUGCGACCUCUCACGGACACGAUCUUCUGCAGCCACAUCUGCCGCCGCUGCCUCGAGGCUGCCCAAGUCCAAAGCGUCCAUGGAGGACCUCCGACCGUUCGGCUCCACAAGGAUACAGACUCCUCAGCAAGUUGAUCCCAAUACCCUCACAAGUCUGAGGUCGAUGCAGGCCAUGCCCAUCUCGCAAACCGAGGUCAGCCAACCUCGGCCUCAGGAGAUCUUCUUCAUGACCAAGCAAGCCUAUGCCGACCUGACCCACCAGCCCGGGCGCCAGCCUUGGUCGCCCCUACUGGUCGAGUAUGCCCAGUUUGACCCUAUAUACUCCGUGACCGGCAUCAUGCCCGAGAUGUCCCGCUUCGAGAAGCUCAGCGCAGGGCUCCAGACAGAGUCUCACCGAGCUCCUGGAACAUGGAUAGGCCUCCCCCUUCUUCUUGGCUAUUAUGAGGACAUGGAGCACUCGCGACUGGCCUUGGUCUACCAGUUCCCUCCCACCUUCAACCCUGUCACAUUCGAGAACCUGACCCAGAACCCGCUUGACAACCUCUGCACCUUGACCGAGCUGCUGAACCGCCCGGACUUCGAGCCCGCGCUUGAGGCCAAGUUUCGACUCGCCUACAACCUGGCGAACACGGUGUUUGACAUGCACGCUCGAGACAUCACUCAUGGUAACCUGCAGGGCUCUAGCAUUUCCUUUUGCAAUCCUGUCGGAAACGAUCCUGGCAUGCCCGUUGGCGAGGUGGAUAUUCGACGUCCGCUGAUCUCCUCGUUCGACGUCUUCCCGGACUCAUCUGCGCCGGGUCAAUCAUCCGACGCCUUCUUGCUCCACCGUCAUCCGCUUGACCCCCGAACUACCACUCAAUCGCCCUUGGCUUCGAAUAGCGAUACUAAGACGCUUGACUUGUACUCCUUGGCCACCAUGCUAAUCUCGAUUGGCCUCUGGACCACACUUGAGAACCUUGUGCCCAACCGAGCUUCUCCGAGCAUCCCCGAGUCGGUCCUGGAGCAACUAGCGAUCAGAUGCGGCACACCCUACAUGAGGGCCGUUCAGUCAUGUUGGAAUGCAGUUGAUCGCGAGCUUGCUCAUCCUGGGUCCAUCGAGGAGAUCAUCAGCCAGGUACAAGUUAGAACCAGUCGAUAUCUGGAAGCCUGCUGCAUACUCGACGGUAUCAGUGGGCUGGAUGAUCGCCUAGGCGAAGAGCGCGCCCCUCCAUCUUCAACCCAGAGAGAGAAGCUAGGUGCAUCGGCUACCUCGCUACCUGGGUCAUCUAAGAGCCCUUCGACAACACGUGGAUAUGAUGUGAAACUUCCAGCGGCGAAGGAGUUGCCGUCGGCCAGUGCUACUAAGCCUGAAAAGCUUCAAGAAUCACAACCAAGCGAGAGCAAACCCGAGCGUACCAGGGAGAAAACACCCAAGCUUCGAUUGUACCCGCAAGUGCCACUGCCAACUGAGGUGGUCGACCAGUGGAACGACAUGCUCAUGCCACAGAUCAACAUGGCUCUCCGAAACUUUUACCGCAAGAAUCCCGAGUCGGUCGAAAUAUCACUUGAAUCGAUUGGAGAAUCCCCCCAGAAGACCAGCCCGACCGUACUCGUUGUUUGCACAUCGGUGAAUAAGGUCCGGGCGAUCCUGAACAGGAAAUUAGGUGUGCUGUUCGAUGGGACGCAAGGAUUUGCCUUGAAAGUAUGUCGUGGAUCGGUGUUGAGAUCCAGAAAAGGCACGACACGAAGCAUGGCCAAGAGCGUGCCUUCCGUGACCACGAGCGAGUUUGGCUCCGCGAAUGAAGUCGAAGAACAAGCCGCAGCGAACCCAGGUUACCAGGAAAGGCCGCAGAAUGGGGCCAGCAUUGGCGCGUGGAUCGGUGAUAAGCAUCUCCCACCCGUCACUUUGGGAGGCAUCAUCAUUGUCGACGACAAGCCCUAUGGUAUGACGGUGCAUCAUAUGCUGGAUGACCCUGAUCAACCCUCCAAAAAUCCCGAAGAACUAAUUGGACAUAUGGGAGGCGCAAAGAGAACCAACGUUUCCCCCUUCCGAAGCAGUGCUGCAGCACAAGGUAUGGCAUAUUUACAAGAGGGAGAUUCGUCAGCGGAAAGCAGCAGCGAUGAGUUUGCAUGCGAGUUUUCCGACUCGGAAUCAGGGCUCUCGGCCACGGAUAUUACAAGCGACGACGAAGAUGACGAGUAUGACGAAGAUGAGCAGUUUAACGAGCCCGGGGACAUUCCUGGCGUGGAGCCUGGUUGUGGAGAUGGGUACAUAAUCACCCAACCUGCUCUCGACGAUGUUAGCGAGGGUUUUUAUCCUUCAGCAGAAACGAGGGACGAGGAUCAUCUGGAUACUUAUACGGUCGGCGAGGUCUAUGCUUCGUCAGGCAUACGGAGAAGGAAUGAAAGCGGGUUGGUCCACGAGAUUGACUGGGCAUUAUUUGAGUUCCAUGGCAACAGACUACCCGAUGAGAACCUUAUACCUCGAGUGGCCGUCGGAAAUGCCCGGCCUCAAGCUUCAAGUUAUGCACAAACCUUGCAGCCGACAGAAGUGGCCCCCGCAAAGUCCCUGCCGGGACUGGAAGUGCAAUGCAACGCGCGCACAAGUGGCCUGCAGACCGGCCAAAUCCUGCCGGCCCUCGCUUCUGUCAAGAUAUACGGUCGAGCCUCCCCAAGCCACACGUAUUCGGUGAGCGGGAGGUCUCCCGUGCCAAGUAGGCACGAGGAUCCGACUAUGGGACUACAACCCCGACAUGGCGCUCGAAGCGGCCACUCACUUGGGGUUCCUGGCGACUCAGGCGCAUGGGUGAUCGAUAGGUUUUAUGGUCGCGUGUGUGGACACGUCUUGGCCUGGAGUGAGCGUAAGCAGGUGGCCUACAUCUGUCCCAUGGAAGUUCUCCUCCUCGAUAUUGCCGAGACAGUCGAAGCGUCAGAGGUACGCCUUCCGGGAGGGGAGGCGGUCGUCAGGAUAGCGAAUGUCGAGGAGAAUACUGAUAUCGUGGAUGUAUCGGACCACGAGAGCUGGGCUGGGGAGGACGAGAUGGAAGCAGGCGACGACGAUAUGCAUCCCAAGAGUGAGCCCAAGCAUAGUCUCUCACUCAGGCAUCAAUAG